UUGCUAUUUUCUCACAGAAAUUUUUGCCGUUUUUCAUAAUAUGUUGCCAAUGCUGCUCUGACAAAAUUGCUGGACUGUUUGCUGCUGGUCGUCAGCAAUAUGCUUACAAUUGAUAUUAUCAGAAUAGUCAUAUUCAAUGUAUAAUGAUAAUGACAAGCAAAUCCCAUGCAUGCAGGAGCUCGAAGUCUGUGGAGUUCGUGGUGCAGGUGGUGAUCCCGGCGAAUCCUGAUGGUGGAUGCAGGACAGACUACACCGACCACUUCAAUAAGGGGAUGGGCAAAACUGAUAAGUUUGCAGGGGAGUGGGACGAUCAUAAUCCAGAUCCAGGUGGCAAGCCUUUUGCUAGAAGGCAAUUUGCUGAUGAUCACAACAUCAAAGACUCCACCAAAGCAUUCCAACAGACACAUGUCUCGCUGUCGCAGUAUCUCUGUGAGCUUGGGAAUGAUGGUGAUGACAGCUCAAUGUGCUUCGACCAUGCAGCAUUUCAUGAUUUGAACCAUCAUAAGGGCUCUUUUGGAAUGGAAGAGGAGAGCAGGGGGAACAUAGGUUAUCCUUCCCAUCAGCAUGUUUCUGGGCAAGCAGACAGCAACGGUAUUGCUAAAGGCUCAGGAUUAGAUGCCCUGCUGACUGUGCUGCCUGACUUCAAGUUCGCUGACGCAACUUCUGACAAGAGGGCAUGGCUGGGGAAGCUGCAGUAUGCAGUUUGUCAGUUUUUCGACAGAGAGGGAUCAGAGCAAGCGAGUGAUGACCUCAAGGGAAGUUCAUAUCAGAUGAAUUUAGGUGUUGAGCUGGAGUCAAAUGAGGAGGCUGAACUGAGAAUGGAAAGUAGUUCUCAGUGGGAUCCCUCCUAUAGGCGGCCAGAUACAGAACAUCCAAAUGUUAUACCUCUUGCACUGGCUGUCAGAGGAAGCCAUGCUUUGUUCGUCCUUUAUCCGUCCGCACCUUAUACUCUUUCUGUGAGUCUUGUUGCUUCCCUUCCCCGCUUGAUUCAUUUUGAGUGUUCGGUGUUGCUUGAACUUGCUUUCUCUUCUCCACUUGAUGCGUUUUGAGUGUUCACUGUUGCUUGAACUUGCUUCCCUUCCCCAUUUGAUUCAUUUUGAGUGUUCACUGUCGCUUCCUUUCCUGA